ACCUGCUUCUCAUCAGCACAUUCCCGACAGUAGUCAUAAACCGGAAGUUGUCGAGUCUAGCUCAUUUGCAUGAGAGAGAAGACAACAACGGGAAAUGAGAGAAGGAUCAUGACAAAGGAAUGAAGAUGAAUUCCACACAAAGAUAUGGCUAGUAACGAGCCUAGACGACAUGUCCAAAAGAUCAGGUUAACAGUACUAUGUGCGAAGAAUUUGGCAAAGAAGGAUUUUUUCCGUCUUCCUGAUCCAUUUUCAAAGAUCAGUGUUGAUGGAUCCGGACAAUGCCAUUCGACAGACACAUGUAAAAACACAUUAGAUCCUAAAUGGAACCAGCACUAUGACCUGUAUGUUGGUUCAAAAGACUCCAUUACUAUAAGUAUAUGGAACCAUAAGAAAAUCCACAAGAAACAGGGGGCGGGCUUCCUGGGCUGUGUCCAGAUCAAGUAUAGUGCCAUUCAGCAGCUGAAAGAUACAGGAUUUCAGCGGCUGGAUCUGCAGAGGAACAACGCUGAUGACAAUGACAAUGUAAGAGGUCAGAUCGUUAUCAGUCUCAUUUCGCGGGAUCGAGGAGGUUCAGGCUCGGGACCUGUGAACACAGAUGCCCCUGCUCUUAUCCCACAAGAUCCCAAUGAACUACCAGAAGGGUGGGAAGAACGCAGGACGGCCAGUGGAAGAGUUCACUAUGUGAACCACAUCACCAGGACCACACAGUGGAAUAGGCCCACCAGGCCAGCUUCCGAGUCUGUCAGGGGAAAUAACUCCAGUAACAGCAUUCAAAGUGCUAAUUCUGCCAGUAGCCGUUCUAACAAUCGUGCUGUUCCAAAUAACAACAACAAUAAUAACAACAACGAGGACGACUGUUCCAGUAACCCCCCACUACCAAGGCGACGCUCUACAAGACAUCGGAAUUAUCUCAAUAGAUCCCAACUUCACAACGCGAUAGAGCUGCCCGAUGGUUACGAACAAAGAACUACUCAGCAAGGGCAGGUUUACUUUUUACACACCAGGACUGGUGUAAGCACGUGGCAUGAUCCCAGAGUCCCAAGGGAUAUGUCCGGAUCAGAAAUCCAGGAUGAAGAGUUGGGGAACUUGCCUGUGGGGUGGGAGGUCCGCCACACAGGGAGUGGGAGGGUGUACUUUGUGGACCACAAUAACAGGACUACUCAGUUUACAGACCCCAGGCUCUCCGCAAACAUUCAUCGGCUUCAGACUCGAACGAUAGAAGAGAGUGCACCAGUUACCUCCAGAAGAAUCAUUGAUAAAGAAAAUGAUUCACCAGUCCCAAAAUACAAGCGAGACCUCGUGCAAAAGCUGAAGAUUCUGAAACUGGAGUUACAGAACCUGCAGUCCCAGGGAGGACACUGCAGGAUGGAGGUCUCCAGGGAGGAGAUAUUUGAGGAUUCUUACAGAACUGUCAUGAAGUUACGUGCCAAAGACCUCAGAAAGAGGCUGAUGGUGAAAUUCAAAGGAGAAGAGGGGCUAGAUUAUGGUGGAGUGGCCAGGGAAUGGUUGUACUUACUGUCCCAUGAGAUGCUGAACCCCUACUACGGCCUCUUUCAGUAUGCAAGGGACGAUAUUUAUACACUGCAGAUCAACGCAGACUCUGGAGUCAAUCCUGAACACUUGUCUUAUUUCCAUUUUGUGGGUCGAAUCAUUGGUAUAGCAAUAUUCCACGGUCAUUAUUUGGAUGGGGGGUUCACUUUGCCAUUCUACAAACAGUUACUUGCCAAACCAGUGACCCUGAAUGACCUUGAGAACGUGGAUCCGGAACUUCAUAGAAGUCUCGUCUGGCUACUUGAGAACAAUAUUGAAGGAGUGCUGGAUCAUACGUUUUCUGUGGAACACAACUCUUUCGGAAAAUUCCAGGAAUACGAACUGAAACCUGGAGGGAGGCACACCACCGUAACAGAGGAGAAUAAAUCAGAAUAUGUCAAAUUGUAUGUACAGUGGAGAUUUAUGAGAGGAAUCGAGGCUCAAUUUUUAGCCUUACAAAAAGGUUUUAAUGAAAUCAUUCCUCAACAUCUGCUGAAGCCUUUUGAUGAGAGGGAACUUGAGUUAAUGAUUGGUGGUCUGGGAAAGAUUGAUUUGAAUGACUGGAAGAGCCACACCAGGUUAAAACACUGCACAGCAGAAAGCAACAUUGUGAAGUGGUUCUGGCGGUCAGUGGAGGAGUUCGAUGACGAAAUGAGAGCCAGGCUUCUCCAGUUUGUGACAGGAAGUUCACGUGUUCCAUUACAAGGCUUCAAAGCUCUACAAGGUUCCACAGGAAAUGCAGGUCCACGACUGUUCACUAUUCAUCAAGUGGAUGCUAACACUGACAAUCUUCCAAAGGCACACACAUGUUUCAACCGAAUAGACAUACCACCUUAUGAAAAUUAUGAGAAACUGUAUUCCAAGUUAUCAUGUGCAGUAGAGGAGACUUGUGGUUUUGCUGUAGAGUGAUAUACACCUGUACAGUGUGUGACCUCUAGGUGACCUUCAGUUGGAUCAAUAUCUGGUGCUCUAUUAUGCGUUGUGAUGGAUCAAACUGACUCGAAUUUCGUGAUUAUGUAGUUCAUUUUUUAUGUUGUGUAAAAUCGUGUAUAUUCCUGGUAUUAUGUAUGUAAAGUUUAAUUAUAUGUUUGGGUUUUUAGUUUUGUAAGUGUGAAGAUAUUAGUGAUCUCUUGUACACUUGGUCAUUUAUAAAACAAGUUGAACAAGUCAAAUUACUGGAACAGUAUUUCUCAGUUCAGUGUACAACUGUUCUGUAUAAAAGUAAGGUAAAUGCACAUUUGUGUCUAUUAUGGGGGGCCAUUAUAGUUUAUAAUUUGUACCAGAUAUGAAGGGUUGAGGUACUCAUUAAAAGGCUCGGCCAAAUAAUUGUCCAGAAAAAGGGCCAGGAUUUCUUAUUCAUUAACUGAAUUCAUGCUAGUCAGACCAUAUUCUUUCCAAUGUAAAUUUACCAAAUGUCCCACAAAAUAUAUUUGUAAAUUUAAGUAUGCAACUCAAAUUUUGAAUAUUUAUGUAUGUAUUUCAUCCCCUUAAAACUGUACAAUGUUCAUAUUUUAUGUACAUUUCUGUGUCAAAUUGAUAGUUCGCAUGUACAGAAAAUUCUUGCUUCUUUUCAUGGUCGGCUAUAGAAUCUGUAUCAUACUAGUUCCCUGCCCAUUCAAAUGGAAGAAAACUAGUUUUCAUUAAAAGAUUUUGUAUGCAAGAUAUACUUGUACAGUUUUAUUCAAACAAAAUGUAUGCGAGUGAUUUUGAGGAAGAGCUAUUAUGAUAUUCCUAUUGUGAUUCCGUAGCCCGUACAUGACAUGUUUUAUAUCAAUCUUUGAUUUUGCACGAAAGGAAAAUGGAAAUUGUUUUUGUUUUAGAAAGCAGGUUGUGAAUCCAGUGUAGUUAAUUCAGAGUAUGCACAUGUGAGGAAAUGUUUUUAAUGAAUUACUGCUGUAUAUUGACAAGACAGUAUGCAUGUUUUAGACCAUAGAUUGGCCAUUUGUAAGUUACAUGGUUGUGAACCCUUCAUUUCUAAGUAAUUUUUGAAUCCGGUUGACAAACAAGGAAAUCUUAGAUCAAAAAUUUAUUCAAAAACAUUUACUGCAUUUUCAUUGCCAUACUGAAUAUUUUGUACCAAUCAAUAAUGCACCUGUUCAUUGUAGAUAUUUUAAAAAAACACUUCAUAUUGUAUAGAAUAUACAGAUAUACAGUUAUAAAUUGUAGUAUUAUUGAUAAAGUACAUGAUCGUUUGUGUUGGAUAAAAAAGCUCUGCAUUAGUGAAAAAUUUAAGUGUAAAUUUUUAUAGCAAGAAAACCGAUUUGCUACAUGCCGUCCAGUGUACUAAGCCUGAACUUUGACCUUUUUCUGUAUAAACAAGGAGUGUCUCCACAGUUUUAAGUGUAGUGGUCUGUGAUAAUUAUACUUGUGUUAAAGGAAAAUCUUCCCAAAAAUAUUUGUGUGUAAAACUGCCGUAGCAUAUUUUUAUCUCUCUCUAACUUGGAUUGUUUUGAACUGUCAGGGAAAAUGUGCAGGGAGAUUGUAACAAGGGAACUGUAGUUGGUGGUAAUGAAAAAUAUUUCAGAUACACAUACUUGUAAAUAUGAUAAUGCUACAAACUUUAUUUUGUAUGUAGAGGAAUCACUGUCCAGUUUUGUGAUGUAGCAAAAUACUUGACAAAUUUUCACUCAUACAAAGUUAUAUAAGUUAUGUGUAUUUUAACACUGAAAUGUAUAUAUGAAAAUGCUGUAUAUUUGGGUGUAUUUUUAGUUAAAUGUAUAAUUUAAAAAUUAUGUCAAUUCAAGAAUUUCGAAAGAAUAGUUAUGACCAUGUAUUUUGUGCAUGAUACAGAUUUUAAUAUUUCCAGAUGCAGUAUCUCGUACUUAACCGCGAUUAACACUAACUUUUUAUAUUCCCUUCUUUAUGUAGAGAGAGAGAGUGGGAAGCAAUAUUCAAUUUUCAAGUAAUAUAAGGGUUGUGAUUUUACAAGAAAAAUGAAAAAAAAACUGUUUUGUUUUUAGUUCAUGAAACUUUUAAUACUUUUUUUAGAAACAUCAUCUAAUAUGACCAAACAGUAGAUUAAAAAAAUUUAACGAUGGAAUGAAAGGCAUUACUAGUUACUCGGCAUCCAUCUUCAUAAGAAAUACGUUUUAUACAAUUUUCCUGGUGAAAAUUUGAUGGUUUUUUUUUUGGUAUAUUAAAGCAAUUUUAAUUUAUGUAUAAAACUUUAAUAAAAUAGCAUUUCUUAUACAAACAUAUGCACUUUUCCAUUUUUGUGUUGUAUUUAAUAUUAUACCAUGGUUGAAUGUGUGGUAAUGUUGUUGAAUCUGUCAUCAACACAAUUAAGAGUUCUCUAUGAACUUUUUAUCCAUAUUUAUUCUGGAAUUUUGAAGGUCACAUUUUUCUAAAUUUGGCUGUCAAUGACGUUGAAUCGAUGUUGAUUGUACAUGUGCCUUCAUCAAUCAAACUUAAAUAUUGAGUGUGUUGAAUGUGGUUGUAUCUGAGUAAUGUUGGCAGCACAAACUGAUUUUUUUCUGUUAUUAACAGAACAUGUACUAAUAGUAGUAUUCCUCUAAAGUUGUAUAAAAAUAAAAUCUUUUCAAUGACAAA